AUGGCUACCCCUAAUGUCCUCGCUUUUCACGCUGAGGGUCGGGCCAUUGACUUUGACGUCUGGGUAGAUGACCUGCAGCUUUUCCUACAGUGCGAUAGGGCAGACGUUCUCUCCCUCUUUGACCUCACCUCUGGUGCCUCUCCUGCCCCUGCUGCUGAUGCCGACGCCACUGUUCGCUCACAGUGGGCCACACGCGAUGCUGCUGCAUGUCUUGCUGUGCGUCGCCACCUGCCUACCUCAAAGCGUGCGCACUUUAGCCAGUACAAGAGUGCUAAGACCUUGUACGACACUGUAGUUGCACGCUACUCCUCCCCUGCCAUUGCUGCACUGAACCGUCUCAUGCUACCGUACCUCUUCCCUGACCUUGCUGCCUUUCCCACAGUCGUCACCCGGCUCCCUGACUCCCUUUGCUUAGUCACGGACCACUCCCUCUCAGUUUGCCCCACCACACUCACCGUUGACCUCCUUGAGGAGCGCCUCCUAGCAGCAGAGAAGAGCAUAGUCGCUGUAGGAGCCUCUCGUGGUGACCCUCGCACCCCCGUCAUUGAGGGGUGUUCCCCUUCCCCCCUCUUGCCCUCUGUUGCUUCUGCUGGUGCGGCCGACCUCGUUGGUUUUGAGUCGGUCGGCGCUGCGUCUACCCCUAGCGGGAGACGCUGCAACGGCAAGGGCAAGGGGGGCAAGGGCGCAGGAGGGGCCGGCGGGGGCGGUGGAGGUGGUGGUGGAGGCAGUGGAGGGGGUGGGGUUGGUGGUGGGAGUGGUGGCGAGGGUGGCGGUGUCAGUGGCAGCAGUGGAGGCGGAGGAGGCGGCGGCGGUGGCGGAGGGAACGGAGGCGGCGGAGGUGGCGGAGGUGGCAGAGGCGGCGGAGGUGGCGGAGGCGGCGGCGGCAGCGGUGGAGCUGGUAGCGGCUUUGUGCAGAGGAGUGGGUCCAGUGGUGGUCUGCGCCAGCAGCAGCAACGCAGUCAUGAGACCCUGUCCCCUCAGCAGCUUCGUGAGUGGGCGGGAGUUGCUAUCUUUGAUCUUGACUUUGAUGCUAUUCUUGCUGCCAUGUAUGCUGUGUCUGAUAGUGUUGAGGGUGACAGUUACCUGUGUGUUCCGCCUGACCCGGGCAUUAAGGCUGCUGCUCUAGGUGCUAGUGCGUCUGCUGCCCCAGGUGCUGGUGAGUCUGCUCUCUCAGUUACCACGUCGGCUUAG